GUUUGCUUUAUUGCCUCUGAGAAUUACUCACUUUGAAUUGGGUAAACUAUUUACGAUCUGUUGUAAACAGUUUCUGUGUUCUACCCAAGGCCAAGCUUUAGGAUGUUAAGAACAAAAUUCAUUUUAGUUCUCAGCCUCAUGGCCCUUGCUUUGUCUCUCUGUCCUGAUGCCUGUAUGGCUAGAGCCAAAUACAAACCUUGCUCCCCUUUUUCUUCUUGCGGCAACCAUAGUAUUAAAUACCCUUUCCGAUUGAAUACCGAUCCUGUUGAGUGUGGUUUACCAGGGUAUGAACUAGUAUGCGAGAAUAAUCGCACAACUUUGGUCACAGAACAGGGCAAAUUCUUUGUUGAGAAUGUCACUGAAUAUACCAGGUAUUAUGAAGGCGCAGACGGGAAAUCAUUCGUUGGGAACAAGCCAGGGUAUACAGUCCGAUUGGUCGAUGCCAGUCUUUGGAGGGAUAAGUGCUCCAUUCCUCGCAGUUCCCUUAGCUGCCCAUGUUGCGGGUUUGGGGGUUACACUAUGUAUGUUCUAAAUUGCAAUAUAGCAAUGAACUCAUCACUUUAUGUUGAUACCUCAGCUUGCACCAAUAGAUCUUCCCCUCCAUACACCUACUUUUUUCUUUCCAAUUAUGAAACAAAGGCAUCAGAUUUCAAUGAGUCAUGCAGAAUUGAAGCGGAAAUUUCGUUGUCGCAGAUUUGGUCUUCGCAGAUUCCGUUUUCGUGGCCUAAUAUCACAGGCCUCUCUGCUUCUGAUAUCUAUCAUAAGCUGCUAGAGGGCUAUGAAAUCGAUUGGGAUUGGUUCACCUAUAACCGCUGCCGGGUAAACAAAAUUACAUUGAAGGAGAUAUUACAAUCAGUGGAGUAUGCAUUGGAAGCCAUUUUUCUCUAUGACAACAUUCCCCUUCUGUGCUACCUCUAUCUUUUCUCUGGUGAGGGCUACUGGUUGUUUGAGCUCUGAGUUGCCGAGAAGUAUAGUUGUCGAGUAAGAAACGAACUCGGAUAUGGAAUGAGUUGAGAUUAAUUUCGGAGUGGAAAUCUCCAAAUUGAAGAGAAUAGACGGAAAAGAUUGGUUGUCGCCGU